AUGAACUUAAGGAACUUGAGAGGAUGGAUUACAGUGUAUGAUAUUUAUCCACCUACAGACAAAGCCACCUACAGACAAAGCCACCUGCAGACAAAGCCACCUACAGACAAAGCCACCUGCAGACAAAGCCACCUGCAGACAAAGCCACCUACAGACAAAGCCACCUACAGACAAAGCCACCUACAGACAAAGCCACCUGCAGACAAAGCCACCUGCAGACAAAGCCACCUACAGACAAAGCCACCUACAGACAAAGCCACCUACAGACAAAGCCACCUGCAGACAAAGCCACCUACAGACAAAGCCACCUACAAAGCCACCUACAGACAAAGCCACCUGCAGACAAAGCCACCUACAGACAAAGCCACCUACAGACAAAGCCACCUGCAGACAAAGCCACCUACAGACAAAGCCACCUGCAGACAAAGCCACCUGCAGACAAAGCCACCUACAGACAAAGCCACCUGCAGACAAAGCCACCUACAGACAAAGCCACCUACAGACAAAGCCACCUACAGACAAAGCCACCUGCAGAUACGUUAUUGUGGAGAGGAGGAGGGGCUACAGGAAGAGGAGGCGGAAGAGCUGGAGGAACAGGAGGAGUAG